UAGUAUACAAACGGAUAACGUCGGGUGUGUAUCGUAAAAACGCCGCGCGUCGUUUCAGUACCGCAUUGUCAAUUCGUCAGAACACAUAGUUUCUUGGAUAGAUAUAAUUCAAAAUACCUUGCGAUAAGUUCUAUCAACAUUACUAAAAAUAAACAAAAAAAAAAAAUUAAUUCAACAAGUAAUUUAAAAAGUUUAAAUUUAAAAAACUGAUAGUAUUUUUUUUUUUAUUCAAUUUAAAUUGUGACUUGUUUUUUAUUUAUUCAUUAAGUUGAAUUUCAAUCAACUCAACAAACUGAUAAACAUCAAAGGAACCACAAAAGAACCCCCAUAAUGGCCACUGAAUUUUUUUUUUUUUUUAUAACAACUCUUUUUCUAGGGUGAAACAAAAAGAAUAAUAUUUAAUUUAAACGUAUAUUGUCUACUUGUCAUGUCUGUCAUAAGUGUCAGAAACACAAGUUAAAAAAAAAUAUAUAUCUAAUAAAUUUUAAAACUUUAUUAUGUUUUUAAAACAAUAAUAAUAUAAAAGUAAAUUUUUUUUUUUAUUAUAUUUAUGAUUGUAUAAAAUAUUGUUGACCUAAAUUGUCUUGAAUUGAAGUGAGUGAUAACAAGGAUUUAACUGGUCUGAGAAGAGGAUUUAAAAAUAAAAGAAAAAUAUAUAUGGCUUCGAUUCCAUUUGACCUCAACGAAAAUUUAAACAAGUUGACAGUCUACUAGUUAAAUAUAUUUUCAAGUAAAUAUAAAGAAAAAAAAUAAAAUAAUAAUGAUAAAAAUAUUUUGAUUGGGAAAAAUUAGUGAAAAGUUUCAAGUAUACGAAAAAAAAAAAAAAAAAUCCAACAAAACGUCAUUUAUAAUUUGAUUAUUAAUCUGGGCUUUCUCUUCAAGAAGCUUCUAUUGAAUUUGCUGUAAGACACCAAGUCAAAAAAAAAAAAAUCAAGUUUUUAUAUAAAUAAUGAGAAGAAAAAAAAAUUAAAUGAAUUUAUAUAUAUUAUUAUUUUUAUAUUUUUAAAGUAUAUUUUAAUUAAAAAAAUUAAUGUUAACUUGAAAGAAAAUUUUUUGUUUGAGAAUAUAUAUGAAUUGAUAACUUGGUGAUUAAAAUGACAGACUACGAGAGAAUACGAUUAGUGGUACUUGGUGGUCCUGGAGUUGGUAAAAGUGCUAUAAUUAGGAGACUUCUUGGACAAGGUUUUACUGAUAGAUAUAGACCAACUGUUGAAGAUCUUUAUUCCCGAGAAUGUAUUCUUGGUACAUUGACACUCAAAGUCGAUCUACUAGAUACUGCAGGUGACCUUCAAUUUCCAGCGAUGCGACGACUUAGUAUUGCAACUGCGCAUGCAUUUUUACUUGUUUAUGCAACAACAUCAUUAUCAAGUUUUGAAUGUGUUAAAAGAUGUUUCGAGGAAGUACGUGAACAACGUCCUGAUUUUCAGGAAGUACCGAUAGUUUUUGCUGGUAAUAAAUUGGAUUUAACACCAGCUCGAAGAGAAAUACCAAUAGCCGAUGUUAGUGAAUGGUUAUUUUGUGAAUUACCAAAAAUGAGAACAAAAGUUAUGGAAUGUUCAGCAAAAGAUGAUUACAAUAUUAAAGAAUUAUUUCGUUGUUUUGUAACAUUAUCAAAAAUAAUACCUAAAAAUCCAACUGAUUCUGAUGAAUCAGUAUUGAGAAGAAGAUGUUCAGCAUAUGGUUCACGCAGAUCUGGUAGUCCUAGUGGUAGAACAGGAAGUGCUGGACCAGGUACACAACAAGUACUUGCUGCACAGGGUACAAGUGUUGUGACAGUUGCUGAAGAAGUUAAAAGUAAACCUCGUAGUCGAAGUCUUAUCAGACGUGCUUCGAGAAAAACAAAACAACAAAUACGUGACUCACAUGCUGAUGAUUGCAACAUUUCAUAAGUACACUUUAUUUUACAGUAAUAAAUAACAAAAAGAAAAUGAAUUUAAAAAUAAAAUACUUGAGAUGCGAAUGCUGAAUGUUAAAUGAUAAAUAUAGUAAUAAAAUAAAUAAAAUAUUUAAUAUAGAAAGUAAUGAUAAUAACAGAAAAUUAAAAUACAUAUAGUUUAUAAAUAAAAAGACCAGUAAAAAAUAUAAAAUGCCAAAGCAUAUAUAUAAAAAAUAUUAAUAAAAAAAAAAAGGUUGAAUAGAAAAAACAGGAGGAUGAUAAAUGUCUCAGGUUUUGUUGUUAUAUUAUAUUUUGUUUUUUUUUUUAUAUGGAAAACUAAGCCACGCAAUUUCGACAAGUGACCAUAAUGGUCAGUGAAUCACAAGGAUCAUAAUGCGAAUAAAAUAUUUGUACAUGUGUGUGUGUGUUUUAUAAGUGGAAAUAUCGAGAGGGUCGAGUGUAAUACUCAAAGCUGAAGGUUGAAAGAAAGAAAAUAAUAAUAAUGAAAAUAAAAAAAAAACGUAAUAAGUAUGAUAUAAGUCUUGAGGUGAGUAAAAAAGUGGGGAAAUAAAAAAAAAAUGUAAGCCAGAGUCGAGUGAGAAAAGGGUAAAUAAAAAUCUAAAAAAAAUAUAUAAAAAAAAAAUUAAAAAAAAAUCUUGAGAGAUAAAAAUGAAAGAGUAGUAAAAAAAUAGAAAAAAAAAAAAAAAAAAA